UUUAAAACAAACGACUGUUGCAUAAGACUAAAGCAUAACACAGCACUGAUAACCAGAUCACGCCGACAUCCGCGCUCGCGCUCAUAGAAGAUAUUGCAUAGUAACUGCAUGCGUAUAGCCCACGUGCUUAAACAUUGUAUAUAUUGGCGUGUUUUCUUCAAUGCUUGAGCGAUGACUGCGAUCGUGGAAGCUUGUUAUUUACCGGACUUCCUCGGAUUUAUUUUGGAUUACUACUACUAUAUUCUUCUUCUUCGUUGAUUUCUCCAUUUUUGAACGACAAAAUGGGUUAGACUCGUGCUGUUCAUAAUCAGAAGUAUAAGAAAGAAUACGGGAAACAAUUUCCAGUUGCAGAAUCAGCACUCGGACUUCAACACACAUUUUGCAUUGUGUGUUCGGCCGACUUCAGUAUCAACCAUGGGGGAAUGAAUGACAUUCAGAAACACAUGAACUCGAAGAAACAUAAAGCUUUCAGCGAAAUUAAGGACAAGGCUCGUGCAAUUUCAACCUUGUACAUCAGCUGGAUUGGUUGGUUCCAGUAGCCAGUAAUUCUGAAUCUUUCUACCUUUGCAAAACAGGGCUCCUAACUGAGGGAAUGUAGGCUUAAAGCAAGAAGCAGAUGUGAGGACUUUGAAUUCAGUGCAGCCUGCAAAUCUUGCAGAGACUGUUCAGUCAUUCCCAGAAGUCAAGCAAGAAAUGGAGAGAGGGACACUUGAUCAUCACCAAACUACAUAUAGAAGUGUAGCAGAAAGUGCCCAUUUAGUCCCAGAAGAUAUGAUCAAGCAAGUAGCAGAGAGAGGGGCAUCAAAUCCUCUCAGAACAACGGUUUGGAGUGCAGCAGAAGGUGUUCAGUCAGUCCCAGAAGAUAUGAUCAAGCAAGUAGCAGAGAGAGGGCCCAGAGGGGCAUCAAAUCCUCUCAGAACAAUGGAUAUGAGUGCAGCAGAAGGUUUUCAGUCAGUCCCAGAAGAUAAUGUCAAGCAAAAAGUUCAGAGCAGGACCUUGAGUUCACUGCAUUCUGUAGAUAUGUGCAUUGAAACAACCCUAGGACAUACUAACAAGCAAGAAAUGGAAAGUAAGACCUCAAAAUCUUUGCGACAUACUGAACAGAGUGUAGAUGAAACUGCCCCAUCAGUCCCAGAACACAUUAGGCAAAAAGCAGAGAGUUGGACCUUACAUACUACGCCAACUCCAAAUAGAAGCUCAACAGAAACUAUUCAAUUUGUUGAAGGAGUUCUCAUCAAGCAAGAGGUUUAUAGCAAUGCCAUUCAUUACCUGUCACCCAUGAAUGAAUUCAUUCCAUCAGUCAUAGAAGUUCUCAUCAAGGAAGAAGCAGAGGCCUUUUCAACAGUUGGAGAGGAAAUCAAUCAGUUACCCCUCAAAAUCAACAUCAAGCAAGAACCUACAGAAGAAAGUGAAGAGGAAGGUGUUCCAUCAUGUCUAGAAGGUAAAAUCAAUCAUGAAGUAGAUAGUACAACCCAUAAUCCUGUGUCAAGUACUGAUGGAGACAAGGAAUCUGAACAACCUACAUCAGAAGGUGAUAUUGUUGACAACGGACAAGAGACGAUAGAUCGUGGAAUCUCAAUCAACAGUGGAGGUAAAUCUCAUCUUUGCUCACAUUGCGGCAAGGUGUUUUCCACAAAAGAUCAACCCGACAUUCAUCUGAGGAUACAUUCUGAAGAAAAGCUACAUCAGUGUCCAUGUUGCAGUAAGAGAUCAUGUCAGGCCAGUCAUCCCCUUCUCCACUUUAGACCAUAUGCAGGAGAAAAGCCAUAUGAAUGUUCACAUUGUAAGAAAAGUUUUUCUCACAAAGGUAAUUUCAUUAGACACCUACAAACACACACAGGAGAAAAGCCAUAUGAAUGUUCACACUGUAAGAAAGGGUUUUCUCAGCAAAGUGCUCUCACUCAACACCUCAUAACACACACAGGAGAAAAGCCAUAUGAAUGUUCACACUGUAAGAAAAGUUUUUCUCACAAAGGUAAUUUCAUUAGACACCUACAAACACACACAGGAGAAAAGCCGUAUGAAUGUUCACACUGUAAUAAAGGGUUUUCUGAGAAAAGAAAUCUCGCCCAACACCUCCGAACACACACAGGGGAAAAGCCAUAUGAAUGUUCACACUGUAAGAAAAGUUUUUCUCACAAAGGUAAUUUCAUUAGACACCUACGAACACACACAAGAGAAAAAUCAUAUGAAUGUGGCUAUUGUAAGAAAGGAUUUUCUCAGAAAUAUGUACUCAAUCAACAUAUACUAAUACAUGCAGGAGAAAAGCCAUAUGAAUGUUCACACUGUAAGAAAGGAUUUUCACGGAAAAAUGAUCUCAAUCGUCAUAUAGUAACACAUACAGGAGAAAUGCCAUAUAAAUGUUGCUAUUGUAAGAAAGGAUUUUCACAGAAAAGUAUACUCACUCAACAUAUACUAAUACACACAGGAGAGAAGCCAUAUGAAUGUUCAUACUGUAAGAAAGGAUUUUCUCAGAAAAGUACUCUUCACUGUCAUCUCCGAACACACACAGGAGAAAAGCCAUAUGAAUGUUGCCAUUGUAAGAAAAGAUUUUCUCAGAAGAGCGUACUCAAUUGUCAUCUACUAACACAUACAGGAGAAAAGCCAUAUGAAUGUUCACACUGUAAGAAAGGGUAUUCUCAGAAAAGCUAUCUCACCCAGCACCUCCUAACACACACAGGAGAAAAGCCAUAUGAAUGUUGCUAUUGUAAGAAAGGAUUUUCCUGGAAAAAUAAUCUUCAAUGUCAUCUCCGAAUGCACACAUCAGAAAAGCCAUAUGAAUGUUCACACUGUAAGAAAAGUUUUUCUCGCAAAGGUAAUUUCAUCAGACACCUACGAACACACACAAGAGAAAAAUCAUAUGAAUGUUGCUAUUGUAAGAAAGGAUUUUCUAAGGAAAGUCAUCUUACCCUACACCUCCUAAAUCACACAGGUGAAAAGCCCUAUGAAUGAUGCUAUUGUAAGAAAGGAUUUUCCCAGAAAAGUGUACUCAAUCAACAUAUACUAACACAUACAGGAGAAAAGCCUGAUGAAUGUUGAUAUCGUAAUAAAGGAUUUUCUCAGAAAAGUUAAUUCUCAUCUCACUAUGACUACACAGAGGAGAAAAACCAUAUGGAAUGUUCACACUGUAAGAAAACAUUUUCUAUGAAAAGUGUACUCAAUUGUCAUAUAUAUUAUAUAGUAACACAUACAGUAGAAAAGCCAUAUAAAUGCACCCAAUGUGAGAAAAGCAAUCUCAUUGAGCACGUACAAAGACACACUUCACACUGUAAGAAAGGGUUUCUCUGAAAAGCGUUCUUAAAGGUAAUACAAAGUUUUGGGAAAUUUUUGAAAAUAUGGUGGAUAGGGAUUCUUUACAAUUUUGAUGUAUUUGGAUGCCCCUUGGAAAAUUA